CUGACACCGAGACGCGAUAGGAGGAAUGUGACACAAACAUCUGGGGAAGAAAAGGUCAAUGUGGCUACUAAAGCAGCUCUCUGGAGUCGUUGUCAGUCGUCGUGGAUUCCUGAGGCCCGUCUCUAUAGCAACCCAUUGCUCCUUCUGAUUACUGCUGCCAACUUACCCUCUCUGCCACACCACGAAUCUCUCCUCAUACCCCUGGCCAAUCACUGGCUCUGAACUGUGUUGGAAUGGACACUGAAUCGACCCACUCGGGCUACUCCUAUCACUCCAGCCGCUCCGGGAGAUCAAACCGACAUGGGGAUCGAAGCCGUGAGCGGCACAAGGCCAGCAGCAGUAAAGACAGCAGUCGAUCAGAGAGGUCUGUUGUCAUCAACCCCCCUGACACACCCUCCCAGGACUCCCCUGUUCACAAUGGAGAGCCGCUGCCAGGAGAACCCUCACCACCAGCCGAUCAUGGAGAUGAGACCCAGGCUCCUGUUGGCAGUCGCUCCUCCAGCAUGGCUGAGUUAAUUAGCUGUGAGCAGUGA